AUUAGAUGUUUGCCCUGCCACAAAGAUGGGUCAUUCAGAUAAAAUUUACCUCUGAUAAUAACUGUUAUUCUGGGAAAGACACUCAAUUUAGAUUUUUCUAGGUAGUUAAGGGAGGGGCAAAACUUUCCAUUUGUUACCGAACCGUCAAACCAUCCUCUCCCCCCAAGGUGCAGCAAGCAGAACACUGACACCUGGGCGUUGUGAAAAACAGUAAGUUUAUUACAGGGCACCAAGUAAGGAGAACAGGGAGUUAAUGCUCUAAAAUUCCAAACUCCCCAUUGGCUGAGAAGCACGGGCUUAAAAGGAAAAUGAUGAGUAAGGAUUUCAGGACAGGUGAUUAGCUCAGGACAUCUGACUGGUUGAGCAUUAGGUAACCAGGAGAUAUUUUGGGAAUCAUACUUAACCAGUCUUCUGGGGUCUACAUACUUGCAGUGACCAUGCAGUCCUUCUGGUGGGCUCUCAGCUCUUGUAAAACAACUCAAGGAUAUGCAUCAGGACAUUAUCUAUAGUUCCUGAGGGGAAACUGAAGUCCUGUUACCUUGAUCUACAUCUAAACUGAACUAUUAUUACUCUUGCCUAGCCUGCUUCUGCUCUGCUCCCGCACGUAUCCAUUGUCCUAAUCAUCAUUAACUAUCCAACCCAGUCCCCACACUGGUGUGGAGGGCUCUGGACAUGUAGUGUAAGAGAGUCUGAGGGGCUUCCCUGAGGAAGGGGUAACUACUAGCAUUGAACUCACAGGGUCUCGAUUGUCUUCAGCACAAAACAGUUCACAUCCAAAAUGGCACAUUUAGGAAAAACCAAGAGCAAUGUUUGAAGUACUGAAGUUUUUGCAUCCAUCUGAACCACUCACAGCAUUGGACAAAAAUCUUUUGGAUUGUGCGGGACCAGUUUGCAAUACUGCCAAAAUCAGACCUGAGCUCUAGACCUCUCUGUGCACUAGAGGAUUCUUCUUUUCACUGUCAGGCAGGCAGGCUCCUGGGAGCAGAAAAGCUUCUUUGGACUAAAAGCUCUGAAUUACUUGAAAACAAUUGUGAGGUAGCAGCUGAGGCCUCUAGGAAAAGAUUGGACUUACUGUUCGCAAGACAGCCUGCAAUAGUUUUAAUUUGAAUAAGAUAUUUGCUCUUCUAUCUUAUUUCACAUUGCUUAUACUGAUUUUAGCAGCUUUGCCAUAUCAGUGGGACCAUAUUCCUUUAAAGGAGAAUCAUAGAGGACUCUGAUGACAGUUGUGCAAAGAUCUGGAAAAUUUUAUUUGGUUGUGAAUCCACACUUGUCACCAUGUAGUUGGCAAGAUAUUUAUUUUAAAAUGACUGACAAUGAAAAACAAAAAGCUGAUUUCUUAAGUUUUUUUUUUAAUCAAGUAAACAAAAGCAUCACUUGCUAGACAAAUCCAGAUGUUCAAAUCAGAUACCAAGGCAUCAUUCUUUAAUGAAGACAAAAUUCUGCCUCGUUGUGAGACUGAGAAGUGGUCCAACAGUUGACAUCAUUCAUCUUUUGAGAACACUUUCAUUUACAACAGGUUGGUGAAAAUACCCUGUCUUUUGAUCAAACUAAGGGGAGUAAUCGGGAAAGCAAGGAGCUGAAUAACCCAUUCCCUGGUCCUGUUGUGACUAGCACAUCCUACAUCUGUGAUAUUUUUUGCAUUGAAAUGAUAAAACUAUAUAUACUAUGAUACCAGACCUAUUAUUUCAAGAAAAGGAAACAUUUUAAGGACCAUAAACUAAUCCUUAUAUCUCAUACAGUACAACUUUAUUGUGCCAUACAUUCCCUGAGUGUGGACUUUGGAAUCUGUGUGUUCCGCUCUGCUCUUGCUGUAUGACCUGAGGUCCAGUAAUUUCUCUUGAGCCUCCGUUUCCUCAUCCAUAUGCUGAAGCUAAUUUCAUCUUCCUCAUGAAACUGUUACAAUGUUUGAAUAAAAUAAUGCAUAUGAAGACCCAAGAGCCUGAAACAUGGCAAGUCCUCAAUAAAUGGUAAUCAAAUGAACUAUGGAGAAAAGGGGCAGUUGGUACUGGUCAUCAAUUGUCUAUUAAUCAGUCAUAGGUUUAUUAUAGUAUAUAUGUACAUACAUGUAUUGUAGUUUUGCCUAGUACAGGUUUGGCAAAUAAAAGCUGCAAAACCUCAAAGUCUGAGUCAUACCCCCUAACUGCAUUUUGCCAAAAGAGUAGUACGGAAUAAAAGAAAGGGCAAUGGGAAAACGGAAAGGAAUGGAAGACGGAAGAAGGGAUGAGCAAAACAAAGAGGAAAUAAAAAUUUAAAAAACUAUAGAAGAAACCGCAAGAAAUGGAAAGGAAUUCGAAAGUCAAAGAACCAGAGGAAGAAAAAGCGAGCCUGCGAGCGCCUCCGGAGGCGGGAUGCGCAGAGGCCACGCCCCGUGGGCGGGCCCGUAGGGCGGGACUUCCUGGCCGGGGCUCUUUCCCUCAUCCUCCGGAAGAGCCGCGCCGCGGAUUCCGCUGGUAGCUCAGCGAGCCCGACGCCGUCCAAACUCAGACUUUUAGAGAUUUGUUACUGCUUUGUCCUGAUACGUGUUAAAUCCAUUCAGAAGAUGGCUGAUCUUUGGCAGGAAUGCAUGGAUUAUGCAGUUACCCUAGCAAGACAAGCUGGAGAGGUGGUUCGUGAAGCUCUAAAAAAUGAAAUGAAUGUUAUGGUUAAAAGUUCUCCAGUUGAUUUGGUAACUGCUACUGAUCAAAAAGUUGAAAACAUGCUUAUCUCUUCCAUAAAGGAAAAGUAUCCAUCUCACAGUUUCAUUGGUGAGGAAUCUGUGGCAGCUGGGGAGAAAAGUGUCUUAACUGACAACCCUACGUGGAUCAUUGACCCUAUUGAUGGAACAACUAACUUUGUACAUAGAUUUCCUUUUGUAGCAGUUUCGAUUGGCUUUGUUGUAAAUAAAAAGAUGGAAUUUGGAGUUGUGUACAGUUGCGUGGAGGAUAAGAUGUAUACUGGCAGGAAAGGAAAGGGUGCCUUUUGUAAUGGUCAAAAGCUACAGGUUUCACAGCAAGAGGGAUCCGAGGUGUUGGAACUGCAGCCAUUAAUAUGUGCCUUGUGGCAACCGGAGUUGCAGACGCCUAUUAUGAAAUGGGAAUUCACUGCUGGGAUAUGGCAGGAGCUGGCAUUAUUGUUACUGAAGCUGGAGGAGUCCUAAUGGAUGUAACAGGUGGACCAUUUGAUUUGAUGUCACGAAGAAUAAUUGCUGCAGGUAGUAAAACAUUAGCAGAAAGGAUCGCCAAAGAAAUUCAUAUAGUACCGUUUCAAAGAGAUGAUGAAGAUUAAGUACAGCCCCCUCCAUAUUCAGUCACAGUUGCAUCUCCUCAUAUUUGCUGAUGCAUGGAUGGUGUUAAAAAUUAAGGGCAUCUGUUUCACAUGUAUAAUAGGGUUAGUUUAAAUUGUCUUUAUUGUCCAGAUUAAAAUAUUGCAACUUAUUCCAUAUUUUACUAAGAGGAGAUAUGCAAGAAUAGAUGAGGUGUUUCAUCGUUUUUAAAAAUGUUGCACAUAAGAAUGUACUUUGGGAAACAUUAGACAGGCAUUUGAUGAAAUAAUGAACCUAAAUAGUCAAUCGCAAUUUAAAGUUUUUGAGUAUGUAUGGGCCUCUGAAAUUUUGACUUAACUAAUUAUGCACAUAAGCAUUUUUAUUAGAAAGUUAACUUUUUGGAAAAAAAUCUCUUUGGUUCCAAAACCUAUGUUUAAUUCAAUUUGUAAGAAUAUAACAAGUACUUCCUAGACCAACGUAUCUUUGCUGAGGACCUUAUUUUAUACAUAUAGAACUUAGCACAGUGUCUGUCAGCUAUAGGCAAUCCACAUAUAAGUACUGAAAGAAAGAAUAUUUAAAGGUAGCAAUUCCUAGUUAUAACAGAUACGUAAAGUAACGAGCUCACAUGUAUUCUGUAUUAUUACUUAAGGUUUUGAAUGAAAAGUUACCUGGUCUUCCUUUCAUAUUUCACAUGGCCAUUCCUUUUAACAUUUCACUCUGCCAUACCAUUUCAGUUACCAUACCACCACAUAACUGUGGACAUUUCUACAGUUAAUGUAUUUUCCAAAAAUUGUGUUAUGUGUUUGGAUUCCUUUAAAGUCCCUAUGUGAAAGAAAAGAAACUGUUACCAAAAAAGCACUCUAAUCAAGUACUAAUAUAAUUAGGGACAGUAUAACAUUUUAGUAAAUUCAAUAUUCACAUGUUGAAGAUGUCCAGAUUGAUCUGGUUGUGCACAGGAAACCUAGAACCUGGCAAUACUAUACUAUUAACACUGUAGUGUUAGUUUCUUCCCAAAUUCCUCAUUUAACUUUGUUGCCACUGGAUUCUGUUCAGCCUUUAAAUAUUCCUUACAAGUCUUUAGCUUAUCAAACUCAAAAAGAAAAUUGUUCAAGCUCUUAUAUAUUUUAAAAAUAAGAUUAAUUUAUUGCUUAGCCUUAGGCAUGUGAACAGACUGUUAAGUUUUAGUUUAGCUAUGCUCAUGAGAACUGUAUUUGAUAAAAUGAAAACUGCAUCUGUGAAGUUUUCAAGAAGGGUUAUUUUGUUGUGCACAUUUGAUUCAGUAAAUAUAAGUGAUACUAAGAUGUAUUAUAAUUCCUAUAUUUGUACUGUUGAUUACAUGCAGUAAAAACAUCUCAUAUUAUUCUAAAACAGGUUGAUUUGAGAUUUAAUGUAUUUUGAUUAAGACUAUCAUUAAUAAAAUUUUAAAUAAAAAUA